CUCUUACUAUUCCACUUUUUCCUCCAUUUCUACUUCUCCCAUUCCCAAAUUUUCCCCUUGUCUUUCCUUUCUCGGCUCAAUCCUCCCGCAAUCAAGUAAUUCCUCUGCUCAAUUCUGUACCCUGAUCCGCGCUAUUCGAUUUUAUCAUUCACUACAAUUAGGAAUUUGAAGCUGAGAAUUAGUAAGAAAUUGGAAUUCUAAAUGUUUGGAAUUAUUAGGUCAACCCUACAAUUAUUGUAUGUGAAUUUUGCAUGCAUUUAUUAGCUUCAAUAAAUGAACUACGGAUCAUCGUUGUUGUUUCCUUAUUUGGUUAAUACUGUUGCGUUGGUAGUAAUGGUUAGAUAAAAUAUACAGCUAUAGGUUUAUUUAUUUUAAAAAGAGAUUAUUUCCGAUUAGCUGUGUCGUGUGUUCAUUAAUUGAAUGUUGAUCUCGCAUUAAUUUAGAGUUCCAGAUUUGUUAACUUAGUUGAUUCAUUUAGUUUUGAUGUUAGGUGUUUUGAGUUUCUGGGCGGCGAUAUGAAUCUGUCAACAUCUAUUUAUGUUGUGUUAUUACUUUUCAUUUCCAUGCUGCUUUGUGGAUUAUAAGGUUUGUUAGAUGUGCUUGAGCAAAUGGGCAACAGCAGUACUGCUGAGAGUGAAGAUGGCGUGCUCUCUGCUGAUUCACCUCUGAGUAACGAUGGCGAUAAUUUUGGUGGAAGCUCUAGUGGGGGCAUUGUUCUGAAGAAAGGGCCGUGGACAGCAGCUGAGGAUGCGAUUUUAGUCGAGUACGUGAAGAAGCAUGGAGAAGGAAAUUGGAAUGCAGUUCAGAAGCAUACCGGGCUUGCACGUUGUGGUAAAAGCUGCCGGUUGAGGUGGGCUAAUCACUUGAGACCUAACCUGAAAAAAGGAGCAUUUACAUCAGAAGAAGAGCGGAUUAUAAUCGAGCUUCAUGCCAAAAUGGGGAACAAAUGGGCGCGAAUGGCAGCACACUUGCCAGGGAGGACAGACAAUGAGAUAAAGAACUAUUGGAAUACUCGAAUAAAAAGGCGUCAACGUGCCGGUUUAUCCCUUUAUCCUCCUGAUUUAUGCCUACAAUCGCUUCCAGAGAAUCAGCAACAACUUAGUUCGCCCAGGAUAUAUGAUGGAGAUAAAGCAUGUGAUAUUUUGCAAAGUAAUGGUUACUGGGCACCUAAUAUCAUGUUUGAUAGUUUAAACAAUUUCAGAUAUGCACCAGCAAUUCCAGGUAUUCCUGGCAGCGUAUCAAUGGGUAACGGUUUUGCUUCUCCUCACUCUUAUGGUUUUAACCCUCAAACUAUAGGAGUCUCUGGACAGGCUCGAGAACCAGAUGAGCCUAUGUCAGACUAUGGAAGUGGUGGUGUUAAUGAGGCACCUAUGUUUAGCAGGACUCAAACUGAUAGUUGUGUCAACAAAUCAUUUCAGUCCUUUGGUCUAUGCUACCCUUAUGACACUGACCAUACCAAGAAACUAUUUUCGUCUGAUGUCAAUCCAGACACUCCUUUUAUGUCAGAUGUCACUUACUCUGCUUCAGAGCACUUUGCAAAUGCUCAGAAGUCGGAGCUCCCUUCACUCCAAUAUCAAGAGACUGGACUAGGUGUCUGGGAUCCUGCACCUGAAUCAUUCGAUUCUUUGGUCCAGUCUCCUCUACCAGGCCCACUCCCAUCGCAUUGUCCUUCGCCAGGGAGCAGUGGCCUUUUAGAAGAUUUAAUUUAUGAAGCUAUGGCUCUGGGAAGGUCGGAGAAUCAAUCUUCCGCCUUGGCAACUCCAUCUAACGUCAGCCAUGGAGAAGUAACAGAUGGUUCUGCCCUUAGAACAUGCUCCACAGAGUUCAAAGGCUGUAUUGAUCGCAAUUCUCCAUCAGGUAACUCAAUGGGGUCCCUUUUCAACAGGUACACUCCUACCACUGGAAAGUCAUUGGAAGACGAUGUGACUAUGCACCAUGUGAAGUCAGAAGUGUUCGAUCCAAGUUGGAUCCUGGAUGGUGAAAGCAAAGUGGACUAUUUGAGACCGGAUGCUAUGCUUGGAUCAUGCUGGGUCGAGCAGAGUGGACCGGCUUCGAAGCAGAGGGGCUCGAUGGCAGCUCUUCUGGGGGACACUUCUGCUUCUGCUUCAACUCGGGGCUUUACUUCGUGCUCAUGGAAUAACUUGCCGCCGGUCUGCCAAAUCUCCGACAUUCCAUGAACCAACAAAACUCAAUUUAUAACAUUGUUUUUAGCGAUUUGCAUGAACCAAGACGAUUAUCACAAUAACACUCUUGUAUGAUGAAAUUCCAUUGGCGAAACUAUCCUACACAUUUUGCCAUUCUCAA